AGUUCUGUUCUAUGCUUUGACAGUCUCCUUAAGGUAUUAUAAAAACAAACUUUUUUUAGACAACAUGAGUGCCUCAAAGACUAGUCUGACGUAUUUAAAGCAGUCUUACUUCCAAAGACAUUUUCUGUUGCAAGGAAGAAAUUUUGCUAAAUUAGUACGGAAGCAAGAUCCUGAAGAAGUAAAAAAUAUGCCAAUAUUUCAGUAUGCUACAAAAAACACAAAACGGAGCAGACGAAUCUAUAUGUGGGGAAAUGCUGCUUGUGGGGCCUUGGGAAAUGCUAGUUUUGUAAGACCUAGAAUUCAUAAAUUUCCUUUGGCGAGCAUGAACAGACCUUGGAGACUCCCAUUUGCAGAUUUCCAUAAAGUCCGUGAUGUGUCUUGUGGCUAUGGAUUCACAGUAUUUGCUGCAUCUAAUGAUGAGAAUGAUUUCUCAUUAUUUGGUACUGGUUUGAAUAGUGAUUUUCAAAUUGGCUAUCAGUGUGGAAGAAAGGGUAACUCUCUUGAAGCUCUUGCUGAACCAGUACCUAUAGCUCUACCAUUAUACAACUUAAAUACUAAAGCUCUUAAAGUGGGAUGUGGCAGAGCCCACACUGUAGUGAUUACAGAUAAAGAAGGAAUUUUCAGUCUUGGAAAUAACAGUUAUGGACAGUGUGGUGUUCCAUUCGAUGCAACAGAUAAAAGUGAUAAUAUCAAAGUUUAUAAAGUGGAAGGCCUUAGUGAAGAUGUUUCAGAAGUUGUCUGUGGACAAGAUCACACAUUGUUUUUAACUACGUCUGGCAAAGUGUAUAGUUGUGGAUGGAGUGCUGAUGGGCAGACUGGCUUAGGUCAUUACAGUAAUCAGUUUACUCCUGCUAGAGUGAAAGGCGACAUUGAAGGUGAAAAAAUUGUGCAAAUAUCAUGUGCAGCUGACUGUGUGUUAGCUGUAUCAGAUAAAGGUGAUGUUUUUGGGUGGGGAAAUUCUGAAUAUCAGCAACUAAAUUUAGCCACAAGCCAGCAACAGCUAAACAUACCAAAGCAUAUAAACCUAGGAAGUGUAGGUAAAGUGAAGCAGGUUGCUUCUGGUGGUACUAUGUGUGCUGUACUGAAUGAAAAAGGUUCUGUUUUUGUUUGGGGUUAUGGAAUACUUGGACAAGGGCCAAAUGUAGAAUCUUCACCUGUACCGACUUUGCUACCAGAGCCACUCUUUGGUUUGAAUGAGUUUAAUCCUGAUACUGCAGUACAACAGCUAGUGUGUAGUCUAAGUCACUUUGCAGCUGUUACUAAUCAAGGUCAUUUAUACAUGUGGGGUCGAAACCGUAGUGACUGCUUAGGACUUGGGAGGGAGAAAGAUCAAUACUUUCCUUAUAAGGUUGCAGUUCCAGCAGAAGUUCUCAAAAUAAGCUGUGGUGUUGAUCAUACAGCUGCUCUCUGUAGAUCUUUUGCGUGAUGUUAAUUAUUUAAAUAACUUUAAUUUGUAAUUAUUGUGAAUAGUAAAAGAAAAUACACAUUUAUGACUUUGUAAUUUGAAACGACAGGAUGAUUACAUAAAAAUUGUAUUAAGAUAUUAACAAAUUUUUAAGUAACAAUAGAAGUAAUAUAUUUGACUCUUGAUUUCUGAGAAGUGAAUUAGCCUGACCCUGAGAUUUAAAAAAAAUGGGUGUUUGUUUAUUGAAGAGCGAUGGGAAUAUUAAUGUCAUAGCAAAAAGCAAAGCUUUUAUGACAAAUGCAAAAAGAAAAGACAAAUACAAGAGAAGUAGAUGAUAUCAUAGGAAUUUGGUCAGCUGUUUUAAUUCAUAUUUAAUUUAUGUAAUUUAAUUGUAGGUAAUCUUGAAUAUAUAAAUAUUCAUAAAUAAUUUGUUAAAAAUGUAUUGCUCAACUGUAAAAAUGAAUUAAGUGUUCAGCCAUUAAUUGUGGUUUUUUAAUAAAGAUUAUUUAAAUAUUGUUC